UAAGGCCCUUUUCACAUGCACACGGUCACGGCACGGCCGCCAUGCCGUGCAACCGUGCUAGCUCUUUCACAUGUAUACGGCUUACACACGGUCGCCGGCUAUGGAUGUUGCAGUAUUAUCGAGAAUUUUGGGGAACGACGACGUCUAUUAUCAUGGAACAAAAAAAGAUUCUUUUCAUUAUCAUCUAAUUCUUCGAAACUACUAUUUAAUCCUAUACAUACUUCUUUCUACGGUUCUUUUGUCUCGUUCCUGUUUUUAUAAGACGCGAUGGUUUUAUCCCAUAAAGUAGGACGCGCUUCAACUAGCGAAAUCAACACAUCAACAUCGAUUUCGACAGACAUUCUGUAACAAUCGUCCGUCCGUUCCCCUGUCUAUGACUUUAGCUGACGAAUGGUAUUUGCGCUCGCCGUGCCGUACCGCGCCCGUGUUCAUGUGAACGCGUCUAUACAAGUUCAUACAAGACUAUAAGGACGGUUGCCGCGUCAAAACCGUGCUUAUAGUGGAUAAGGACGGCUAACACGCGGUCACGGCACGGUCGCCGUGCAAUGUGAAAGCUCUCAUUGUUGCUCAUACAUUACUAUUUUACACGGCACGGCAACCGUGCCAUGUCCGUGUACAUGUGAAAAGGCACUAAAGGUCAUCUGCGACUGCGCCCAACAGCAUACACACUCAAAAAAAAUUGAAGGAAAACGGGUGGAUAGACUCAAACCUAACCGAGUUGGGUUGUAUAGAGGCUUUAAGCAUGUUUCAUUUAUUGACGUAUUGACUGAUGUUAUAUUGACAAAUUGGCAAGUGACAAGUGUCUGUUAUUAUCAUUCGGAAAACAUAACCUCAAUAUUUGGUUCAAACCAACUUGGAAAUCAGUGUUUUUUAGUUUAUUCAAAAGAAAAUGUCGAUUUUAAUACGCACUGAUGUAACUGCUGUAAAGUUGUACAAAAAAUUUUUGUUAGCUGGCAUUGGAAGCUCUGUUUAUAUUUAUACUAAGAAUGGCUUCAAAUUUUUACAUAGGUUGCACUGUUUAAAUGGUCAAAAGAUAUAUGGACUAGUGCCUAAUGAAGUUCGGGAUUACGUCCUUGUAUUUGGAGGCAAACAGUUCAGUGUGUUAUCAUUGGAGUGCCCGAAGAGUGACGAAGAUGACUUGAGAGUAGCAAGAAUAGUUGAGCCUGUAGUUUCCAUUGAUUGGUUACAUUCAGCAGCCUGGAUGAAAGAUGAUACCAUGGCUGUUUUAACAGCUCAUAACAUUGUUCAGGUUUGGGAUCUAAGUAACAAUUCCAUGAUCUCUCAACACCUGACUAAAGAAAACUCCAUCCUAUACAGUGGCCUUCUGUUGGCUCUGCAAGAUGGUGUAUUGGUGUUUGCCGGGACUGUGUUCUCUGAAGUUAUUGUAAGUUCUACUACAAAUGAAAAUCCUCUACAUUACUUAAAAGGACAUCGGGGGGUAAUAUUUUCCAUUACUGUUGACUUAAAGAGAGGCAUCAUUAUCACUACUUCAGAUGACAGAUCAGUCAGAAUAUGGGGAGUAGAUCCAACAUACACUCUAAAUAAUACGGCCAUAGACACAACGGAGUACUGGCGAAAUUGCACUAUUAUUUGUAAGCAUGAAGUCUAUGGGCAUACAGCUAGAGUUAUGAGAAGUUGCAUUACUGACGACUCGAUCAUAUCUGUAGGGGAGGACUCAACUAUGUGUUACUGGGAUUUGAAAGGAAAAUUGCUUAAGAAAUAUAUUACCCAUCAAAACGGUUGUAUUUGGUGUGUUGAUGCCAAUAAAACACAUGCAGUCACAGGAGGCGGGGAUUGUGCUGUUAUUUUACACCCCAUGACAGCAGCUUCAUAUAAUGGCCAAAACAAAGUUAUCAACUUUAACGUAACUCCAAGAAAAAUUGCUUUCACCGCUAGAAAGAACCUUAUAAUUUUAGAUGAUAAUGAUAACUUAGUUUAUUUCAAUGUAAGUGAUACAACACAAACUGAAUAUAAACUUUUUCAUGACUCAACAUAUAAAUUGUUCACAGUCUCUGAUUGUAAACAAUUAAUAGCUGUAGGUGAAAUGAAUGGCAAGCUUGAUAUUUUUGCGGAAAAUUGUAAAGAUGUAGCUUGUCUUACAAACAUUAUAGACACUAGAGUAAAUUUAGGAAAAGUUUUAUCAAUGCAUUGGGCAGGAAAUAGACACUUAGUUUUUUGUGCAGAGCAUGGUGUGAUAACAGUAAUAAGUUCAAGGAACAAUGACAUAGAAACUUUUGCUGUGUUUAUGCUUCCACCUUGCAAGGAGAGGUGGCUAACCUCUGCAGCUAUGGAUCACUCAAAUAAAUUUAUAGUUGUCGGUGACAGAUGUGGGAAUAUCCAUGUUUAUUUACAAGGAAAUAAAAAUCCCUAUAAGACCUUUAAUAGGGUCCAUGGAAGAUAUGGACCUACAUCUAUAACUAUAAAAAACAAUGAAUUUGUAACAACAGGUCGUGAUAGGUGUAUUAAAUAUUUUUCAUUAGAUAAAAAUGAUAAAUCUUCAACUAUAUACAUGUGCAGUAAAGAAUUAGAAUUCCAGUGGGUUGAAAAGUUUAUUGAUAAAGAUGACAAUAUUGUAUGUGGAUUUCAAGAGAGAACCUUUGUUGUUUAUAACGUUAAGAAUCACAACAAAAUUCUGGAAGUAAUCUGUGGUGGUGGUCACAGAUCCUGGGAUGUCUUCAGAUAUGUAGACAAAGCUGGUGAUGAUUAUGAUGAAUAUAUCAAACUCGUAUAUAUCAAAAAUAGUGAUGUCCACUCUCACAUAUUUCAAAUGAGCAAAAUAAUUUCACAAAACGUAGUAAACAGCUCCCAUUCAAAAGAAAUAAACUGUUUAAAGACUUUCAAUAAUGAUUUGGACCCACUUGUCAAAUUUUACGUUACUGGUGGUGAAGAUACGACGUUAAGAAUUUCCACGAUUGACGCAAAACUUAAAUUCCAAGAUGAGGUGGUCUUCAAACAGUUGUCUAAUGUACGAACAUUGACAUUAGUUCCGUACCCUAAUAGUGUUCUGGUUAUAUCUGCAGGUGGCAGAGCACAAAUUUGUCUGAAAAUUAUAACCAUACUUAGUAAAGGUGAUCACCUGAAAGUAGCAUCUGAAGAGUUGAUAGAUUACAUGAUUAAAGGCACAGAUAGAGAGAGGAAGAAUAACCAGACUUGGAGAAACAGUACAAUAGAUUUUGAUCCUGAAACCAGAGUAAUGGAUCUGGAUGCCAUUAAGUUAGGUGAUGGCAGAAUAAUAGUAUAUGCUGGCUGCUCAGAUGCUUACCUUAGAAUAUUCUCUUUCUUUAAUAAAGCGUUUACGCCUAUUGGAGAGUUGAAGCAUCACAAUACUUGCAUUUUAAAAACAGUUUGUGUACGAAUUAGUAUGAAAGAUAUUCUCAUUACUUGUACAACGACAGGCGAGGUUACAUUGUGGGAUGUAUCUAAUCCACUGGAUAAAGAAAUUGUGCCGUUUUUCACUACAAAAACUAAUAAGUCUGGGAUAAACUGUGUUGAUACUAGAGUGCUAUCCGAUAAAGAAUUUCUAAUCGCCACAGGAGGUGAUGACAAUGCUGUAAUUUUAUCUCUGUUUGAAGUGUUAUCUUCAAGUGAUGCUUCUGUUAAGCACACAUGGUGUACAGACAAGUACCACUGUUCGCAAAUAACAGGAGUUAAGUUUGUCGAAGAGUUUUUGUUGACAACUUCCAUCGACCAAAGGGUGACGUUGGCUAAAUGGACUGUGGAUGACGAAAGCGUUUCCUGCGAGUUUCUGACGCAAAUCUUCAGUGACGUAGCUGAUGUGCAGGGAUUGGAUGUCUUGAAUUCUAAUGGCUUUUCUGCAUUUGAAAUGGCCAUUGAUUCCCGCUGCGUGCAUCUGUGGUUGUCGGCACAUCUGUUAAAAUGUUGGGUUCAGGCCUGUAAUCUAAAUAAUUUGGACCUUUUUGCUGAAAUCGGGUAUCUUCCGGCUAUUCCGAUUCACUACGCUACGUUGUACCAGUAA